UUUUAUCAGUAAUUUGGAUCGUCUAAGAUUUGUGUAGUAUUAGAUCAAAUUCUUAUAUUUGCUUAUAGUGUAAUAGCAUUAAUCGUUUCAAACUCAAAAUAACUAAUAAUUCAGUUUACAUAUGGAUUAAUAUAACUAUCUAGCCUAUGUAAUAAAUAUUAUGGCUUUAAAUAAAUAUAUGCAUCAACGCAAUAUUUAUAGAACCCCACCUGAUUUUGGAAAAUUAGCCAAAAUGUAUCCAGAGUUUAAUAACAUUUCUAAAAUGGAUGUUACUGGUAAAGUAACAAUUGACUUCAAAGAUCCACAUGCACUGAGAGUGUUGACAAAAUAUUUACUCAAAGAUGAUUUUGAUCUUGAUGUGGAUAUUCCUGAUGAUAGAUUAGUUCCCACACUACCAUUGAGAUUAAAUUAUAUUUUAUGGAUUGAAGAUCUUUUGAAUGCUAUAGGACAGACAAAUAAUGUGUGGGGUGUAGAUAUUGGUACUGGAGCCUGUGCCAUAUAUCCUUUACUAGCCGCAAAAAGAAGCCAAUGGCAUAUGAUUGGCACUGAGACAGACGAUUUAAGUUUUCAGAAAGCACAGGAAAAUGUGAAACAAAAUUGUUUGUUUGACUUUAUAGAAGUUAAGAAAAAUAUGACCUCCUCUAUCAUCGAGCACUUAUUUACAGAUGAGAUCAAGCCAGUGUUAGACUUUAGUAUGUGCAAUCCUCCAUUCUAUAGUAGUGUUCAAGAACUCUGUGAAUCUCGUAGUCCUGCCAGAUUACCACCAAAAAAUGGAUUCACAGGAUCUCCACAAGAGCUUAUUACCGAAGGUGGGGAGUUACAAUUCUGCCGAAAAUAUUUGAAAGAAAGUAAAAUGUACAAAAAUAGAAUACUUAUUUAUACUACAAUGAUAGGCCACAAAUACAAUUUGAAAGAGCUACUACAAGAUCUUAAGUCGGAAGGUAUAACACAUACAUACACGGAGUUCUGCCAGGGCCGAGUGACGCGAUGGGGACUAGCUUGGACUUAUGAAGACUUUAAUAUCUUUAAAUUAGUGCCUCCAAGAGACCAGCCACGCAAAAAGCACGCACCAAUAGUGUAUUUGGUACCUUCAUUAGACAAUACCCCUCACAAUGUGGAUACCGUAACAGAUAAAUUGAUAAUCAUUUUAAAUAUGUUAAGCAUAUCUCAUAAAGUUAUUAAUAAAAGAGGUAACAACAUAAUAUUAGAUGUAACCGCAGCAAAAAAUACUUGGUCAAACCAAAGACGGAAAAGAAGACUUAUGAAAAAAUUAGAAUCAAAUGAUCCCAAAAAAAUAAAAAUAGAUGACACAGAAUGCAUAUAUAGUUCUAGUACAACUGGUAAUGAUAUAUCUAUUACUGAAAUUACUAAUUCAGGAGAAUCAAAUACUGAAAACAACGGUUACAACAUGAAACCACAAACUUCAACUGAAAAUAAUGAAGGUGCCUCAGCCACAGAGUCAAUAGUACACGCAAUAUUAAAAGUAUUGAAAAAAGAUAAUGAUAUUCUAAUGCAGAUGGAAUAUCUGGAUGGAAAUGCAGGAAAGGAGGGAGUGCAUCAAAUAGUUCAAUAUAUAAAAAAUAAUUGGAAAUAAACUUGCUUGUUUUAUU